AUGUCAGGACCAACUGAAACCCAAAAAGGCAAAGAACCCCAAAAAGGCAAAGAAAUCCGUUUCAUCAGGGGCACUUACAAGGGAUGCACUGGAUGGAUGAACCGAGCCAUCAAGAGUUCAAAAAAAACUUGCAAUGUCAUUGUUGCCCAUGAGGGUGUGGAGAAAGUAACCCGUGUCUUGAGUAGCUCUGUCCGUAACAAAUGGACCGAACCAACAAGCUUUGAACACGCACUUGUGCAACAACAUGCUGACGUGGAACUGGCCAUGGUUGCACUUGCUGAGCUACUUGCUGAGUGUGGAGUUCGCAGGAACCCCGAGAUUCUUGCUCUUAUCAACACGGAGCUAACCAUUGCCCGAAAGAAAAACGAUGAUUCGGGUGUGAAAACUUACCGGUCUGUGGACUGGCAAGGUAGGACCAAGAGAUCCCUCCAUGACCCGAAUGCCAUGGAAGGCAUUAGCUCUGGGUGUUGA